AUGUUGGGCAUUUGUCGCGUUCAACCUUCGCGACGAGUGGCCAUAAAGACUGCAAGUCUGGUCGGUGUUCUACCUAAAAGACUUGAGGAUCUCAAAUCUGAGCUUAAGAUCCUUCUUUGCCUCGAUCAUCCACACGUGGUUCGCCUUCUUGAUGUCUAUGUGUCUGAUGAAAAGCUGGAGAUGGUAAUGGAAUGCAUGCAGGGUGGUGAAUUGAAGAGGUCCGGAAGGUUUCACAUGGAGGAAGAAGAGGCUGCUGGUCUUCUACAGCAGAUGUUGUUGGCUUUGAGCUAUUUGCACAGCCACGGCGUUGUCCAUCGGGACCUUAAGCUCAGCAACUUCAUGUUCAGCCGUGACAGGCAAAUUCUUAAACUGAUUGAUUUUGGCUUGAGCAAGUUCUACGCUCAUCCAGAAGGAAGAGACAGCUUGGUGAUGCAAACUUGCUGCGGAACCUUGGGAUAUGCUGCGCCGGAAGUCUUUGAUGCGACGUACACCAGCCAAUGUGACACGUGGAGCUUGGGUGUAAUCACUUACUUUUUGCUGUCUGGAGAGAUGCCAUUUUUUGACACUGACGAGGAUGCGUUGAUUGCAAAGACACAACGAGGUGAGUAUGCAAUGAAAUCUGAUAGUUGGAUGAGCCUCUCAUUGGAAGCUAUGGACUUCACCCAGGCAUUGCUGCGAGUGGACCCGGAGAAGCGAAUGACCGCAGCAGAAGCAUUACAGCAUCCAUGGCUCAAGGCUUUUGCCCCACGGGGAGUCAAGGAUGUGUCUCAUUCGAUCUUGGAGGAGAUAGGUCAAUUUGCAGAACAGACUCCUUUGCGGAGAUGUUUUCGAAGAUUGAUUGCAAUUAGCUUGGAGGACGAACAAACUCAAGAGCUCCGGGAGGCCUUCUUGCAUAUGGACGUCCACAAACGCGGAAAGAUCACGGCAGCGCAGCUGGAAAAGAUCCUGACCCAAAGGUUGGACUGGGAUCCAAGAAAAGCAAGAGAUGCCACAAGAGCAUUGGACUUUACUGGGGACAAUUCUGUCCACUUUUCCGAGUUCUUGGCAGCGACUUAUCCAACGUACAAAUCGGAGGAAUCGUUGCUGAGGGCAACCUUUAGAAGGCUUGACCGUGAGGCAAAAGGCCAUGUCAACCUUGACGAUCUCCAUGCAAUAGGGUGGAGGGAGCUUCGAGUAGACUCAGGAUCUAAAUUGUUGGAGUGGCUCCAAGCUUCUGCAGGCAUAGCAGGGCACCAAUGA